UCGUUACCCAGAAGCAAAAGUCAUCAACUUCGGCACGUGGUUCAUCUUCAGUCUGCCGAUCGCUCUGAUCAUGCUGAUGCUCACCUGGAUCUGGCUGCACUGUCUCUUUCUGGGAUGCAAUUUCAGAGAGACUUGCUCUCUCAGCAAGAAACGCAAGACCAGGCGAGAACUCCUCUCUGAGAAGCGCAUUCAUGAGGAGUACCAGAAACUCGGCCCCAUCAGCUAUCCUGAAGUGGUGACGGGCAUCUUCUUUAUUCUGAUGACUGUACUUUGGUUCACCAGGGAACCGGGAUUCGUCCCCGGCUGGACGUCGCUGUUUGAGAAGUACAUGAACCUCUUG